CGAGCAGCUCAUUCCUUAGCAGGCAGCAGGCAAGGUUUGAAAAACCAGCACGGUGACCUGUGUUGAAUGGCGCCUACACCUGCAGGCGGGACGACGGGGAGGUCUGCCGGCGGUGGCGAGGGAGCAUGUAAGGAAGCACAGCUGCCUGAAGCAAUUAGGACGAUGGCGUCAACUGCAUGGAGCUGCACCGACCUGGGUGAUGGAGCUGCGGACGAUGUCGGCGAGCCGCGAGGUCGACUUGGAGGCGGUGGCGAUUCAACGCCGAUUGACUGCGGCGCCGCUCACGACGGCGGCUCGAAGGCCGCGGGAGCGCACCGACACGACCGCAUCUCGGCACUGACCACACCUGCUGGCGGGAGGCGCUCUCCCCACGCGACCCACGGCCAUGGUGCGCAGCGGCGACCUCCGUGACCCGCACUGCACCGAUAUGCAAGGGAGACCAAGCAGCCGCGGCGCUUCAUCCAUGCGACGGCAACCCGUCGCUGCCCCCACACGAGGGAGACCGAGCGGCCGCCGUGCUGCAUCCAUGCGACAGUGACCCGGCAGCUUGCUUGCCCUUCAAAACUGCUCCACGUGAAUGUUUUGUUGGCGUUUGACAAAUAAAUGGCUGAUGUUUUGCUCUAACUGAAUGAAUGUAGAUGUACAGAUAAAUCCUAGUUCUUUUGCAGCACGUGAAUCAGUGUUGAUCUACAAAAAAAACUUGAAUGAAUGUUGAUGUACAAGAAAUCUUUACUGUGACAUGGAUAACAC